AUGUUGAGCAUUUCAAAAAAAAAAUAAUACCCAAAAACAUAGGAUGAAUUAUCAGGAAUGUUAAUAACAAAGAAUGCACCAAUAAGAAAUUAUUCAACUUGUAAGACAAUUAAUAAUAUUAAUGCAGCUACAAGAAAUUCAAGGAUUUCAUAUUAAUCAAAAUAAUAAUAAUCUUAGAAUUAGAGUGAAGAUAAAGGAAUCACUAGUAGAACUUUUUCUGUAAAUGAGGUUACAGAAUUACCUUAAAUAUCAAAACCAACUAACAUAAUUCUUAAAAGACCUAAGUUCAUUCCUAGACCAAAAUAAUAAUUAAGAAAGUUAAUUCAUGCAUAAACUUCACCUACUAAUCUUGAAUCAGAAAGAAAGUAACAAUAGUUAAAUUAGAUAGAGUAAUUUAAAUUCCCUUUAAUUUCAAAUUAUCAAUUUAAAUGUAGAUGCUGAAGAUGUUUAUAUUUUAUAUAAAGGUUUCAGAAAUUUGUGUUAAUUCAAUAAGAUAUGUAUAAUAAGUUAUAAUCUUGUAUAUUUAAAUAUUAUGAUAGUUAUUUGGUGAAUACAAUAGUACUUAUUUUAGUAACUCACAAAACCCUUAAAUAAAGCCUUUAAAUAAUAAGCAAUUAAUAAUGAAAAUUAGAACAGAAUCAAUAUUGGUGUUAUAAUUAAAUCCAAAUUAGAAACUCAAUUCUCUAUAAAGUAUUUAAAUAGAUUGGUUUGAUUGUAUUUAUUCAACCAAAAAUUAUCAUUCCAAAGAAACACUUAGUAGUGAAUUAAAUAAAAAUAACUUAUGGAUUAACAUUUCAAAAAUUCAAAACAUAUUUAAAAUUUAAAAUAAAGUGUUUAAUUACUUUUAUAUUGAUAUCAUAUAUUCAGAUUCAUCAAAUAUUAUUGAAGUUGAUAAUUUUAUCAACAAGAUAUUAUUAAUUGAUGAUGAAAAUACUAAAUUAUUUCAUUUAUUUGUGUAUGCUCCAGCUAAUCUUUAAAUUGUUAAUUAAAGAUUAUAAGAUCUCUUUAGAAAUGGAUCAACUUAAGAUAUGUAAUAAUUGAAUUUAAAGGAAAUGAUUGAAAAAAUCAAUUUAGAUAUGUAAUAAUUAUAAAUGAGAGUUAAAUAAUUAAAAUAUUUAGAAGAUCUUAAAGUUAAGACUAAGCAACAUUUUAAAAAAUUAAAUUUAAGUCCUUCUCCAUUUAGUCCUGAAUAAAGAGCAGAAAAGUAAUAUUAUUAUAUUAAAAUAUUAUUAGAAUGAGAAACUAAAUUGUAGAAUAUAUUAAAAGUAAUUCAAAAAUAAAGAUUGCUAAUAUGCAUUUUGUUGUAGGUGAUACCAUAAUGAGAAAUAUUGAAAUGUUUAGAAAUCAUGAAAAUGAUAAAUUCUACAGACAUUAAGAAACUGUUCAACUAAUUGAUCAUCUUAUCAAAAAUAGUUUGCCAAAUUUUUAGAAUAAUAUAAGCAAAGCAAAUUAUGCAUUCUAUUGUUUAUGA